AUGAGUGCUAAAAAUGUGGACAAACCAUUGGUCCCAAAGAGGCUAAUAGUGGGUCUAAUGGGAUGUCUGGGUUGUUGUCUACUCUAUGUGUUGCGAUCCAAUCUGAGUGUCGCUAUCAUAGCGAUGGUCAACGAGUUGGAGGUGAUUGAAGAGGAGGACACAACUAUUCAAGACAACGACCUGUGCUAUGAUAUCAACACCAGAAUUAAUGUCACAAAUUCCGGUCCAAUUUAUAACGGUCCAAAAUAUUUGUGGAGCGCAUCAAUACAGGGCGUUAUACUUGGCUCAUAUUUCUACGGCUAUACAGUUACUCAAAUGCUGGGCUCGUAUGCCGACCGGUUUGGAGCCAAAUGGAUGACAGUGUUCAACGCACUCAUACCAGUGUUGGCUGAAGUCCACUACUCUCUGGUCAUUUUGAUGCGGGUAUUGAUCGGCGCCUUUCACGGCGUGAUAUACGCCUGUGUUUUCUCAUUGUUUGCCAAAUGGUUCCCACAAUCGGAAAAAACUCUCGCAAUAAGUGGGACACUAUUUUUUGGUAAUUUUGGUGGCGUUAUAACAAUGCCAAUCGCUGGUUAUUUGUGCAAGGUGCAAUUUCUGGACGGGUGGCCCACCGUUUUCUAUCUCACAUCAAUCAUUCACAUCGUGUGGUUUGGGUUUUGGUGUUAUUUGGUUCACAACAGUCCCGAAGAGGACCCAAAUAUCAGUGAAUAUGAAUUAAAAUACAUAUCGAGUAAUAAUCCGCAGUCAAGAAGUGUGAAGAAUGUGACGAUUCCCUGGAGGGCUAUCUUCUCGUCCAAACCCGUCUGGGCGUCAAUACUGACCAGAAUGAGCGGCUCUUUCGGUUAUUACACGCUCUGCACAAAAAUGCCCACAUAUUUGGACGGCGUGUUUGGGAUGGCUAUACAGAGCAACAGUUGGUUCAACUCAAUGAUGUACGGAGUGUUGUGUGUGACUAACAUAACAGGCGGUCCGCUCUCUAAUUGGGUCCGAAGUCGGCACUGGUUUUCGCAGACCAGGAAUCGCAAGAAUUUUCACAGCUUUGCGAUGUUAACGUGUUCUGUAUGCCUGUUCCUCAUACCAGCGGUGGGCUGUAAUAGCGGUGCAGUCAUAGCGUUAAUGUUGGUCGGAAUGUUGGCCUACGGGUUCAUCACGGGUGGCGAGUACGGGGUAAUACCAGAAUACGCACCUAGUUUAUCAGGCACUGUUUUUGGUGUGUCCAAUACGUUGGCCUCAACAACUGGUUUUAUUGGACCACUCAUUGUUGGAUUACUAUUGGAUAACGCGGGCGAUUCUGGUGUAAGACAUCAGUGGAAUAUAAUAUGGUAUUUAUCGGGCGCUGUCUAUGCCUUUGGCGCCAUAGCCUUUGAGGUGUGGGGAACCGCUGAACCCCAACCCUGGGCUGUAAUGUCAGAGCCGGACGAGUACAAUGAUUAUGACAAAAUUCCACAUUUAAUUACUGAUAAAGUUUAG